AUGGCGACGAACCGCAACGUAACGCGCACGCCGCAGGAUAUCAAGCUCCAGGCAUGCCUCACUGAUGCAGAUGCCGUCAGCGAGUACCGCUUCCUCGUCGACGGAAAGGACAUCAAGUACAUCACGGUUGACCCAGGAGUCUUCCCUGCCGACGAUAUUUCAUUCGAGCCAGCCCUCAAAGCCCGGCUGCCCAUUUUCCCACCAGGCAACUGGAACGAGGGCCAUAUUACAAAGGAUGCCACAACUGGGGACGCAGUCUUUGCUACCAUUCUGCGGCGUAAUCUCCCGGGGGUCCAGAAUGUUUGGCACAAAAUUAAAAUCGACCAUCUGCAGCUGACGUGGACCGGCCGUCUUCGGCAGAACGUUCGCAUCGUUACUUGCCCUGAAUUUGACCACUCGGCCGUAUACAAGUUUGCCGAGUUCCCGUGGCAGAUUCCCAAUAUUGAGUCAGAAACUGCAGCCUAUGGAUGGAUCGAUGGCCACGAUAUUGGGCCACGGUUUCUGGGACACGUCACCGAGGCGGGUAGGGUGAUUGGCUUUUUGAUCGAGAAGGUCGCAGGACACACGGCGACCGUUGCAGAUUUAGACGCAUGCCAACAUGUUCUAAGAGAGUUGCACUUACUUAGACUCAAACACGGGGAUGUCAACAAGCACAAUUUUCUAAUCAAGGAAGGGGGAGAGGCAGUGUUGAUCGAUUUCGAGGCCACAGGCAGAUGUGAGGACGAGCAGGAAUGUUCGACAGAGCUUGAGACAGUAUUAAAACAACUAGAGGCGGACGACGGGAGAGGGGGUGUUAUUGAGGAGGGAUAG